CAAACACUUGUACUGCAGUACUACCUCACUCAGCUCAAUCACUUCACUUGGCUUGGAAGCUGAAGCUGAAGCUGAGUAUCCCUGAGAUGAAGUUGCUAUCGCCAUCCACUUCCACUACUUGUUACCUUUCAUCAUCACCUUCCGCGUUUCUUCCCCGCCACUCUCAUGGGUUCCAGAAUUUGGGUUCUGCUGGCACCUUCAAAUUCUCUAAGAAACAGAGAAGAUGCGUAAGGAAAGCUGGACCUACUGAAAUCAGUGCAAAGUUUGAGCUGAAGCCACCACCAUAUCCAAUGAAUGCUUUGGAGCCAAUUAUGAGCCAGGAGACAUUUAAUUACCAUUGGGGGAAACACCACAGGGCUUAUGUAGAUAAUCUGAACAAACAAAUUGAGGGAACAGAUCUAGAUGGGAAGUCACUGGAGGAACUUAUAGUUAUUGCAUACAAUAAGGGUGACAUGCUUCCAUCUUUCAACAAUGCUGCACAGGCAUGGAACCAUGAAUUCUUCUGGGACUCCAUGAAACCUGGCGGUGGUGGAAAGCCAUCUGGGGAUCUUCUAAAACUGAUUGAAAGAGACUUCGGUUCAUUUGAAAAAUUUGUUGAUGAGUUCAAGACUGCUGCUGCAACUCAAUUUGGUUCAGGAUGGGCUUGGCUUGCAUAUAAAGAAAACAGACUUGAUGUUGGAAAUGCAAUAAAUCCUCUUGCUUCUGAUGAGGACAAAAAGCUUGUUGUGGUGAAGACUCCCAAUGCUGUAAACCCCCUUGUUUGGGGCUACUAUCCACUCCUUACCAUUGAUGUCUGGGAGCAUGCUUACUACCUUGACUAUCAGAAUCGGCGCCCUGAUUUUAUAUCAGUGUUCAUAGAUAAGCUUGUGUCUUGGGAAGCAGUGAGCUCAAGACUUGAGCAAGCUAAGGCUAUAGUUGCAGAGAAGGAGAGAGAGGAUGAGAGGAGAAGAACAGAGGAAGAAGAGAAAUCGACAAUAAGGGAAACUCCUCAUGAGAUAUUUCCAGAUAAUGAUUCUGACUAGAAUGCAAAAUGAGUGUGCUUAUUUAGUCUAGCAUCAGUUCAAAAUGAGAGGUUCAAUCACAUCAAGUUGCAAAUUUUGUUCUAUGGUCGAUAUCCUAAAUUUUGUUCAAUAAUGUCAUUAGUUUCGUUAUUCAUGUAAUGAAAUAAUGACAAUUUCCUAGUGAGUUUUGUUUAUAGGGCAUUGCUCCGGUACCCAUUGAAAAUAAGAGGGUAUAGUACCCUUUAGUUCACUUUUUACCAUACAAA